AUGACGAAUAACUAUGAUGUUAUAGAUGAUAACUAUGUACAAGUACCUAAGAAUAUCAUAAUUCUUCAAGAUCAAUUUGCAGUAAUUAAUAAUUUAUCAAAACAGUAUACAAAUUCAAGACAUAAUUUUAUACUGCAAAAGGCAUAUCUUUGUCAAAGGAAAACAAUUGGAUUGCUCCUUUUGGUUUCUGCAUUAAAUGUUAGUGCAUUAGCCGUGAUGUGA